UCUGUUAACGCACUGUGGCUCGCGCCCCGGCUGGGUUACAAUAAUCCAGUCGAGCAUAGGUAACGCUGUCACAUGAUUGGUGCGGUCGCUCGGCGCCUCUUCCUGAGCAGAAGGCAGCUGCAGCAGCCCGGGCUCCGUCCGCGCUUUGUUCACACGCACACGCACCUCGCCUCCCAGUCAUGCCAUGGAUACUUUGUGGCAGUACCAGUUCCGAAUCAUCCUGCUCGGGGACUCCACGGUGGGGAAGUCGUCGCUGCUGAAACGCUUCACGGACGGGAUCUACAGCGACGUGGCGGAUCCGACGGUCGGGGUGGAUUUUUAUGCCCGCUCCCUUGAUGUGGAGCCCGGGGUGAAAAUAAAGCUCCAGCUCUGGGACACUGCCGGCCAGGAACGAUUCAGGUCCAUCACAACAUCAUAUUACCGGAACUCCGUCGGGGGGCUGCUGGUCUUUGACCUGACCAACCGUAAAACGUUUGACCACGUGAAAGAAUGGCACAAAGAGGUGAGUGAGCACAUCCUGCCCCACCACAUGGUCUACAUCCUCAUCGGCCACAAGAGCGACCUCAACAAGGACCGCAAGGUGAGCCGGGACGAAGCGGAGCAGCUCGCUGCCGAGCUGGGCAUCCGCUACGUCGAGACGUCGGCGAAGUGCAACAGCAACGUGGAUCGAGCAUUUGAGCUGCUGACCAGAGACAUCUAUGAGCUAAUGAAGAUGGGGGAAAUCGUUACCCGUGACGGCUGGGACGGUGUGAAAAGCGGCCUCACUGCCAAAGUCCUUUAUCCGGGCGAGGAAGAGGAGGAACUUGCAACUGCGUCUCCUGAAAAGGGUUGUCACUGCUGACUGAUAACUGUACGUGUCCAACCACCAUCCUUCACACCUCGUCUCACAAGCCACCCAUUGGAACUUGAUCACUGAGACUCAGCGCCGUGGUAUCACCUCUCACCAUGCAUCACUCUCUUUCUCUGUUAUUUGUGCCCUGUGUUUAUGUGGGUCACACUGACAACUGGGAUCACUUCGGUCCCGUUUGGAAGAAGCUGUAUCGUAAUCCUUGUGGUGUAGCAUGAGUCAGGAUGACUUCGUUGAAAAAAAAAAAACACAGAAAGUGUUCCAACGUGACCAGGUUUCGGGGCUUGAUAUUAACCUGUUUCUCCCUGUGGAGCAAAUGGACCACAAAACAGACUCAAAUGGACUAAUAUUAUGGUCUGGUGUCAUCUACGCCUACCUAUUGAAGUCGGUGUGAUGCAUUGCCUGUAGUAAUUCUGAUAUUGUAAAUAGUAUUGAUAACUAUAGAGAUGAUGGCUAAAGUAGGGGCUGUUCAGGCAGAUUGUACAAAUGAUGGUAAAUGUUCUAGUGAAUCAACGUGCUCUUCCUGCUUCUGUAAGCUGUGCGCAAAGCCAACCUGACUUUGGUCAUUCUAUGAAUAGAUGUCCACAAAAAGAGAUUUGUAGUUACGUUGUAAAGACAAUUCAUUGUACUAGGGUUCUAUUAAAGCAUCUGUAAAUAGUACCAAUAUCACCAAAUGCUGCACCAGAGGUCCAUCUUUUAUUAGUGGUGAGAGGAAGUCUUAUUUUCAGGUCCAAAACAUUCCCUGUUAAAGCAGUAAUCCAGAGUUUUCCUUCUUUAAGGGAUUAUGUUUGGGUUUUUUUCAUCUGUAAAAGCUCUAUGAUACAAAGUUGGAAAAACUUCAGUUUGUUUGCUAAGCCCGCCCCCAUCCUGUAGAGCCUCGUGCAAUUUGAUUUGAGCACUGCUAAGCAUUAGCCAAUAGCAUUACACAUCCACUUACAUACAGAUGUCAAUAACAGAGUAGGCGUGCACCAUUGUGGAAGAUCCUAGACUGAUGCAGAGUUGGCAAGUAAGUCUUUAAAAUGUAUGAAUAAACAGCAUAAACUGAGAAUGACAAUUAUAACUCAAUGUGUUUUAGCUCUGGUGGCCAGCUAGAGAUGCACAUUCACGAAAGAAAAUCAUUGCCUUCAGCCGUAAUCAUGAAAUUGAAAAGAAGAGCUUAAGCUGCAGUACAUUUUACCACCACUAGACGUGCUGUCUGACAGAAAAACUCCGGAUAUCCACAUUUAAGUGAUUGUUCUGCCAGUUUGAAGUGGGUUUCUGUGGAAAAAGUGUUUCAUUGAAAAAAAAAUACUUCACUCUGAGUUUUUCAUGCAGGUUGAACAUGAAAAUAGUCUCCUACACCUAUUUCCUACAUUAGCUUCUGAUAAAAAAAAACAAUAGAUGAGGAAACUAGGACUUGUAAAGCCUGACAGAUCUAGGUCACACUGUCACUCAACAUUCAUGGACUCACCCAUCUUGACUCACCACGGGGAAGGCUGUUGCAGGUUUAGCGUUCAGGAAACAGCAGAGAACAUCUUGGCUAGUAGAAGCUAACCGUUAGCAUUAGCAACUCCACCACACAGCAGAACUCCUACAGGCUUGUGUUAUUUGUGGAGAUAAAACAUCAACGUUGCAGAGCAAACACAGUCAGUCACGUUGUAGUUAGCCAAUCAGAAGUGAGAUGUCCAAAUAUCAGAAAAUGGACUCCAAAUCCUGCAGUUUGAAGCUGCUUUCUCCUCCAACUGACUUUUACUUCCUGAAACUUGUACCCCGAGUACGGCUUACAAGGAAUUAAUUGCUACUAGAGACCACUACACAUGUAUUGAUUGAAUGAGUGAACCACAUCUUUAAAACCUCAUUUUGGAGUUACAGAGAUUAGUUUUGAUUAGACUUGUUAUUCACAAUGAACUUUGAGUUUAUUUGCCUCAGAAAUUAGAAGAAGAAACAAUCAGUUGCAGAGCUAGCCACUGUAACACCUCUGCCUGGAAUUUCAUCAUAAGUCUAAAUAACCAUGAAAUUUGAAACCUACUAAGACAUAAAGUCCAUGGAUUUGGUUUUUGAUUCGACUUUAGGUUUGUUUUUAAGACAUUUUUGUGGCUUGCUCCAAACUAAUCUGUUUCUCCAAACUGAGGUCAUUCAAAGUGCUAUCUACCUGCAGGUAAGAUAUUAAUUUAAACAAAAACACAUUUAAAAGAUGUGGACUGUUGGCCUAGAAGUUUUUACCAUUAGCACAUGGAUCACACGAUAAAUGAACCUGCACUAGAUGGAUGCAUGGUGUCAUCCACAGGUUUCAGCUGGAAAUUUUGUCGGAUUUGGUAAGAAUUAUUGGAACUGUAUAUUUUUUUCAGGAUCCUUAUAGACAGUGUUUGACGUUUAUGGGAUAUGUUACCAAAUAAAGCCACUUGACUCUGA